GCCAAACCUCCGUAUUGAGUAUAUUUUGGAUCUUAUCAAAAACACAUUUGGCAUUUAAAAGAGAGCAGGGAAAUAAAUCCACACUCCAUUCAUGUAUUUAAAAAAAUAUUGUUUGCUUUUCCGUUAUUAAUAACAAUAAAGAGAUCAAUGGUCUUUAGUUUAGUGAAAACAUUCGGUGUGCUAGUUAUGAGAAUUGUGGUAUUUUGUUUAGUAGCCGCAGUGGCAGUGUCCACUUUUCGUGGUUCGUCAUCAUCAACGCCAUCAUCUAUUACUGUAGAUUUACCAGGUCAAGGUACAAUCUUGGGUGAUUAUGGAAAAACGUCAUGGACAAAUCAGACAUUUAUGCGAUUUUUGGGUAUACCUUACGCAGAGUCUCCCAGUAGAGAGCUAAGAUUCAAGCAUGCUGUUAAAAAGUCACCGUGGAGACACAUUUUAGAUGCCACAACCCAUGGACGUCGUUGUCCUGUUAUAACAACCAUUCGAGAGCUAAGCGAAUCUGAACUCGGUCAAGAUUUGGAAGAUUGUCUUAACCUGUGUGUUUAUACGAAAAAUAUGACGGAACAAAAGCCAGUAAUGUUUUACAUAUAUGGUGGUGGUUUUUAUAAUGGCUCGAAUAUUGAUCAUCCUCCCAAUUAUUUGCUGGAAAAAGAUAUUGUAUUGGUUGUACCCAAUUAUCGCAUUGGAGCUUUAGGUUGGUUAUCAACCAGAUCGGAAAAUAUGCCCGGUAAUGCUCCUGUCAGUGAUCUUUAUGUCGCACUUCAGUGGGUACAAGAUUACAUACAUCUAUUUGGUGGUGAUCCAAAACAGGUUACAAUAUUUGGUCAAAGUGCUGGUACCACCAUGUCGGGAUCAUUAUUGUUUAGUCCAAAAACACCAGAGACAUAUUUUCAAAGAUCCAUACAACAAUCUGGAUCCAUAUUUUCUUCAUGGGCAUUUACGCGCAAUCCUUUGGAGCAAGCUGAACGGAUUUGCAAAGCCGUUGGUUGCAGUUUUUGUGAUAAUAUUGACUUUUUGUAUGUGUGUUUGCGUAAUGUGGCAGUACCAAAAAUUCUGGAGGUUACCGAAGAGGAAUCUUUUGGUCCCAUUGUAAACGAUUUUUAUGGUAUAUUGCCUCGAGAACCGGCAGAGUUAAUUACCCAAUUAAAUAGAUCCAUACCAUUGAUGACGGGCUUUACAAAACAUGAUGGUUCCUUUGUACUGGCUACUGUUUACGAUAAUGUAAAGGCCGCCAUAGGCAAUUUCAGUCAUAUCACAGUUCGAGAAUUCGCAUAUACUAUUAUCAGCAAGGCAAAUGACAAUACCGGCCUUGCAGAUAACUUACUGCUCAAGAUGUUGUUUUCCAAUGAGUUACUUCACAGUACAGAUCACAAAAAAGCCCUACCAGCCUACUUUGAUUUAACAAACAUUGUUGCUAUGAAGUCUCCGGUGAUCAGUUUAGCCACACGCAUGUUUCGUAAAGCUCUUGCUCCCGUCUACUUGUACAGUUUCGAUUAUGAAGGUAGUAACACACGUUUUGGUUACGAGUUCGGUAAUGAUCAUUAUCCCUUUGAGGGAGGUGUUCAUCAUUCCAACGACAACAUUUACUUGUUUUCUACACAUAAACUGAAUGAAGCUGAUACCAAAGUUUCCAAAAAUAUGGUCCAACUGUGGACGUCCUUUGCCAUUACGGGUAAGCCUAGUUUGGAAAGUCAUCAGGAAAUCCUACCAAUGUCAGAUGAGGAUGGUCCAUAUUUCCACAUAAAUACUGGUGUAACCAACGAUUAUGAUGUCCUUAAAGAAUUGACUGCAACAAUAGACGAUCCUGAAAAUUAUAAAUUAGAUAGACCAAAUAUUGAGUUUUAGUAAUGUAGCAUUUAAUCGAACGUGCAUAUUACUGCCAUCAAUGUUACUAUACUAUUUUAAUAUUUAUUGGUCGGAUUCGGCAUCAAAAAUUUGUAAAACACGAUUUCUAGGUGCUAUAUAUAUACAAUGAAUAUAAAUCAUUAUACUUUUCUUUUUGUCUAAUGUU